UCUGAAUUCUUCGUCGCAAAAAAAAAUUAUCCCAAGCGCACAAACUAUGAAGCGGCCGCACGGAGAGAUGAGCGACAGUUCUGUUGAUCAACAGCCUGGGGGCCUCAAGUUAAGUAAUGGCUCGGUGAAGCCCCAUCAGCCCAAAAUAUCAAGGAAGAUUCGAGCAUGUAAGUGUUCACCUGCUUCUCUUUGGAAAUCCACGGCUGUGCGAGUCAGACCCUGUGUGUACUGCCCUGAUACCACUGGAUCUUUAUACUCGUUUCUCGGUCAAAAUCCCGUCCAGCAAAGUCCAAAGCUCCACAUUAGGUGCCAAAUUCGUAUCACCACAUGCUUGGAUUUUACAUCUGCUUCCCGACGAUAGUUAACCUGGCCGGCUGCUCCGCUCCGAUCUGACUUGAUUCAAAGGUCAAGAAUGCCAAAGUCGCAAGAUCAAAUGCGGCAUUGAGCCCGGUGAUCCUGCCUGCGCAAGAUGCCAAAAGCUCGGCUUGCGAUGCGUGGUCAACAAGAGUCUGCAGACCCUCCUCGAAGAUGAAAGUGAGUGGAAGAAGGACAUCGAGCAAAAAACCAGCCAAUUGCAAUCCGCCAUUUCCGACAUCCUGCAGAGGUUGAACAUGCCGUCGCUUGACUCUCUUACGCCAAGGUCGCAGAGCAUCGCUCCUACGAGUCCAUCACGAGCUGUGACGGAACACAGUCCGUCCCCGCGACCGCGGGCCAGGCCACGAACGAUAUCCAUGGCAAGGGCAAGUUCUCCGGAGUCUUUUAGUUUUGAUGAGAUUGAGGCCGAUAGUUUUUCAGCACCCAUGACCAGUCUCUUCGAAGUUACCAAGCUGAAAAGUCUACGUGUUCGUGACUCGAUAGGAGCUCAAAGUGACUCUGCUCUAACAAAUGACUUCAUCUCUCUUGGCAGGAUCAGCCUCCAGGAUGCAGAAGAGCUCUUUAAUCAUUUCACGGUCUCGUUAAACCAGUAUUUAUGGGGCGGCAUUGCUCUUGUUCACAAUGACUUGACCUCUACCCGGAAGUCAUCCAGCUUGCUUUCUGCGGCCAUCAUUGCAGUCACUGCACUGCAUAUACGCGGCAAGGAAGAAAUCUUCGACGCCGCGUACACAGAAUUUCUAUCCUUAGUCAGCGAGUCCAUGUUUGAACGCAGGCACAGCCUUGACGACAUACGGGCUUUCUGUAUCGGUGCAUUUUGGCUCUCAGAUGUGAGCUGGAAAUUGUCCGGCCAUGCAGUCCGAAUUGCUACCGAGUUGAACUUACAUCAAAGUUUUUCCAAGGCCAUCAGAGGCCAGGCAGAACACGUCGAGCGUGCGCGUCUUUGGUACCUGCUUUAUGUGUGCGACCACCAUUUCAGCAUUGCAUACGGGCGCCCCCCCGUUAUUCAAGAGGACAUGGCUAUCACAUGCCACGAAACAUUUCUCCAGGUUCCAGGAAUCACACAAGCAGAUUGGCGUCUGCAAAGUCAAGUUGCCAUCUUUCGCAUUUUAAGUCGAAUGUACCGGCAAUUCGGUGCUGAUACCGAUAAAGCCCUCUCAGAAGCAGAUUUUACAGCACUUCGAGCAUUUAACGCUGAAUUUGACAGCUGGCGAACAAAAUGGGAACCACGUCUUGCUGCUAAUAAGUAUGUAUCGACAUAUCCCUCACGGGGAACCAUCGUACAUUGGAACUUUGCCAAGUUACAAGUGAAUGCACUCGCUCUACGCGGCCUAUCACCCCGACAAGCGCAUUUGAUCUCAGACCAACGAAGGGACUUCGCGAAUCUCGCGAUUGCGCACGCAUUAGGCACGCUAAGUUUCAUUCUGGAAGACAGCUCAGUCAGGUCUUCCAUUCAAGGCGUACCACUUUACAUGCAUACUGUAGUUACAUACGCAUCCAUGUUCCUUUUGCGAGUUCAGCUUAGGUGGCGACCUGCGCGACUGAACGUGAAUAUGUCGAUCGUGAACACAUUGAUCGAACGUAUGGCCCAGCUGCUUAGUCAAGCCAACACGAGCGAAAGACAUCUUUCCUUACCUGUUGCGAAUGGCCUCAUCAAGAUGCUGGCCAAAUCAAAAAAAUUCGAGCCAUCAGGAGUCGAACAAGGACAAGCAGUCCAUGAUCUGGGCAGCUAUUCAGCCAUGGGCGCAGCAAGCCAGGAAGAAUGGUCCGGCGCCGACUCCGGCUCGGACACAAUGUUUGGCGAUAUGGGCAUGUACACCGCAUUUGACAACGAGCUCCUAGCACCGACAUUCUUCGACAUGGUCACUCAGCAGAUGCCCGGAUGAUAGCAGUGAGGUUACAUUUGAAAAAGAUUAAAACGACCGAACAUUGGGAUUCAGAGCCCGCAUUCAACCUGAGAAAAUGCCGCGUGGCGUUUCGAAAUGUCGUUCACGACACGGGGGUUCCAAGCACGCGGGGUAAUGGCCAUGACCCUGCAGCAACGUGAAGGCCUACAAUGUCAAAGUCCUGUGCACUCAGUGCGUAGCUGCAUUAGGAAGCUCACUACUGAGCCCUGAAACAAGUUCAAUAACCGUAUAGAUGCUAAAUCAUGAUCCAGCCAUGUUCUGGUUCAAUUUCAGACUUGGACAGUCUUUGUCUCAUCCGUCAGACCAUUUGUGCACAAUAUUGUCGAUGAAAUUGUGCACUUCAAGGGUCAACAAAGCGGCUCCGCCUUGCUGAAGAUUAGAAAGUUCUUGGCAAAACUAGUCAAUCGGCCCGAUAGGAAGAUCCGACAUCUUGGCCAACCAUCCACGGAAGGCUCCUCCGGCGAACUAACGAUUCGUGCUUCUGCUAUUGAUUCAUCCGUACCGGUAUGUGCCGCACAUGGAAUCCCUCCAAAACACACUGUCUCUGAUAUCAAGGAGCAAAAACGAAGCCUGCUGUGCGAAUGGGCCGUCCUUAAGCUUCCCUGCGUUAGCCAUAGAGCCUGAGCUCUGACCAUGUGCGAGAUAUUUUCUAUGCAUAACGUCGUAAGCAUAUGGCGUUUGUGUCGGAGCUGGACCCGAUCCUCAUGUCUUGACUCCGGAAUGGAUGCUGCUAAGGCUGCGAGGACGAACGGCAGGAGAAGACACCUGGAGUUUCCGGACCAACGGCUCCGACACCUUUGGGAGAAAGGGAGAAGACUGAGGUGACCACUCAUUUCUUGCUUCCGACUGAAGCUGUUGCAGGGCAGUUAUCUUUACAAAAUAGUUUUCGCCCUGAAGACGGCAUGCGCUUUUACGCUGUACGGCAAACCCGCACCUCCGUCUGCCCCUGUUCGCUCUCCUAAAACUCGGAGAGGUAUAAGAGCUGUUUUUCACCCAAUGGCACACACGCUUGGAGCAGCGAGUGGCGACGGUAAUGGAGCUCAAGACAUGCAAUUAUAGAAUGAGGCAAGAGACUUCACCAAGAAUACAAUUCACGGUACUCGUCGCAGUAGUGUCGAAAGAGCAAGCAAUAUCGUUCAACAAAAAUAGCGUCUAUUGCUUACUUCUCAUUGGAAGCAUGAGGUGACGUGAAUGAAAAAAAAAAUAUAAAGAGUUCAUCCUAGCGCGUCUUUGGACUUCAUGCAAUACCUCGCCUUGCAGAACAACUCUUCUUCUGAAAUCAUAUCUCAUCGCACUUAUUAUCCAAAUUUAAUGCGAGUCCCACAGACUGGGCCUUUCAAUUGUCUCCAAUUCCUCCAGUAUUG